GUUUGGAAAGUGGUUCUGGCUUUUGCUGUUCAGUGAAGUGAAACUUGGAAGGUUGUGUCAAUUCAGUUGAAGUGUCGGUUCUUCUGCAUUAAGGGAACAGAAGCGUGAUACUUUAUAAUUUACUCUUCCUCUCUUUCUUGAUCUUUGCCGAAAGAUUGAAGCCAAUGUACGCUUCGGGUACAGAUUCACUACCAGAAACUAAUGAAGUUGCAGUUACAGUGGCAAUCCCUACACGUUUUGUGUGGCCUUAUGGGGGAACUAGGGUCUUUCUCAGCGGUUCUUUCACAAGGUGGUCAGAACAUGUGCCAAUGUCUCCAAUGGAGGGUUGUCCCACCGUAUUUCAGGCUAUCUGCAGCUUGACACCAGGGUAUCACCAGUACAAAUUUUUUGUUGAUGGUGAAUGGCGGCAUGAUGAGAACCAACCUUUUGUGACAGGGAACUAUGGGACAGUUAACACUGUUCUGUUAACCAGGGAACCUGAUCCAAAUACAGCAAUCUUGUUCCCAGAGACACCUGGCUCCAGGUCCAACAUGGAUGUGGAUACUGAUACCUUUUAUCGUGUGGUCACAUUGUCAGAUGGUACUCUGCAGAAGGCAGUACCAAGGUUUGCAGAAAAUGAUCUGGAGGUCUCUCGCCAUCGUAUUUCUGCAUUCUUGUCCACCCAUGAAGCUUUUGAGUUGCUUCCUGAGUCAGGCAAGAUCAUCACCUUGGAUGUUGAUGUGCCUGUUAAGCAAGCAUUCCACAUUCUCUAUGAGCAGGGUAUUCCCAUGGCUCCUCUGUGGGAUUUCUGCAAGGGGCAAGUUGUUGGAGUCCUUACUCCACUGGACUUCAUCUUAAUCUUGAGAGAGCUUGGGAAACAUGGGUCAAAUCUUACGGAGGAAGAGCUUGAAACACACACUAUAUCUGCUUGGAAGGAGGUAAAAUUACACCUCAACCAGCAUGUUGAUGGGCAUGGCCGAGGUCCAAGACAUCUAGUCCAUGCUGGACCCUUUGAUUCUCUGAAAGAUGUUGCCUUAAAAAUUUUGCAAAACAAGCUGUCCACCGUUCCCUUAACCCACAGGGGUUCAUAUCCAGAGUUACUGCAUCUUGCUUCCCUGUCAGGGAUACUAAAAUGCAUUUGCAGGCAUUUUAGACACUCUUCUAGCUCCUUGCCUAUCCUGCAACAACCGAUUUGCUCAAUUCCUUUGGGUACUUGGGUUCCAAGAGUUGGCGAAUUAAAUGGACGGCCAUUAGCAGUGCUGAGACCAAAUGCUUCUCUUAAUUCUGCACUUUCACUAUUAGUUCAAGCUCAAGUUAGUUCAAUACCAAUAGUUGAUGAGAAUGACUCAUUACUGGAUAUAUAUUCUCGAAGUGAUAUCACUGCUUUGGCAAAAGAUAGAGCUUAUGCACAGAUUCAGCUUGAUGAAAUGAGCAUACAUCAGGCGUUGCAACUAGGACAAGAUGCAAGCUCUCCUCAUACAUUCUUCAAUGCACAGAGAUGCCAGAUGUGCAUUGAAGUGAUGGAGCGGUUAGCAAAUCCAGGCGUGCGGCGACUUGUCAUUGUGGAGGCUGGCAGCAAACGUGUGGAAGGCAUUAUUUCGUUAAGUGAUGUGUUCAGACUCUUGCUUGGUUAAUUGGAAGCCAAUCUCCAAUUUCAUAUGAAAAGGGGUUGCAUGGUCGCUUUGGAGAAACCCCUCCCCAGUUCUGGUGAAUCUUUCCAUCUGCUCUGGCCCCUGCUGCCCUUACCUCACUCUUUUCGUCUAGGAUGAAUGAGCUCAUUUAUUCAUGUUUCUGAGCAUGGUCUGGUUAGGCUACAAGGCUAAAGAGAGGGAAAGAUCUGUAAAGUGAGGGUUUGAAUUUUUUUUCUUCCUUUUAGCUCUUUAUUUAUCAUUAACAUUGCCUUACUUUAAUUAUUAUGAACUAAAUUGUGCUGCUGA